CCUGUAAACGACAGCGAAACUGCUAUUGAGGUUGCGGCAGGGACGCUGUGGACGAGGAGCUGGGCUGCUUCGCAACAUUUACUGCCGGCCAACAAACAUACUGGGGCAAUUGUAGUCGGCUCAACGAUCGAAUAACUAACUUUUAAGUGGAAGGACUGCCGGGACGCCGAACCUUGUGCCUGAACACUUUUAGUGCCAGUGGAAGCAGGAGAGCGCGGAGGGGGCGGUCGGGGAACUCGGCGCUGUGAAGAGACUUGUCUACAAGAGGUUUUAUUGUCGCUGUGAACGGGGAAGAUGCGUGUCCUGGCCUGGCUGCUUCUGGUGGUGUUGGUGCCGGCUACCCUGGCUCAACAGCUGGAGGACUGCCCUGUGUGUGCAACAAACCAAUUUGCCAAAUGUGUGCCUCGUGAUGGCAGCUGUGUAUGUACGUUGCAACUAACUGAUGAUGAUAGUAAACCUGUAAACUGCAAUGCAUUGACUAGGAAAUGCUGGAUGAUGAAGAAUGAAAUGUUUAAAUUGAAAAACAAGAUUGGAACCCGCAGAAAGCCUACAGAGCAUGCUAUGUUGGAUAAUGAUGGCAUCUAUGAUCCUGACUGCACCUCUGAUGGCAGCUUCCAUGCCAAGCAGUGUAAUGGGACCACGACCUGCUGGUGUGUAAACUCUGCCGGUGUUAGGAGGACUGACAAGGGAGAUAAAGACAUCCUGUGUCCCGAACUGGUGACAACUUUUUGGUUUCAAAUUCAACUGAGGCACAAACCCAUUAAUAAAGAAGUGGAUGAAGCUGAACUCAAAAAAGUUAUCAAAGAAGCUCUUGCCGCCUACCAGGUGGACCCAGGAUACAUCGAUAAGUUUGAGUAUCUUAAGGAGGAUCGUUUUAUCCUGGUGGACCUGAUACAAAAUAAAACUGUGCAGUCAGAAUCUGAUCUUGCUACUGCAGCCUAUUACCUGGAGAAGGAUGUCAAGGGUAACACCUUGUUCUCCAACACAUAUAAUCGAUCAAUUCUGGAUGAUGGUAUCCCAUUCGAUGGGGAUAAGCUCAGUUUUGAAGAAGCUUAUGUGUACUAUAUUGAUUCAAAGAAUCCAGAGUUCUCCAUGAAGCGGGUGACCCCUGGCAUUAUUGCAGUCAUUGUGGUGGUGUGCCUAGCAAUUAUUGCUGGACUUGUUGUGCUUUUUGUUACCAGAAGGAAGGCUGCCAAGGCCCACAUAUAUCAAAAGGCUGAGGGAAGAGAAUUGGAUGAAAUUCAGAAACAGCAACUGACAACCUAAUCUUACUCCUGGCAGAAGUUAGUUACAAAUCUAUCUUUUCCUGAAUUUGGAAAGUUUUUGAAUUAAGAAGGCAAUGCAAGUGGACAGUCACCUGGUUUUGGACUACCUACAAGGUUACUGUGCAGCUCCUUAAUUUCCAUUUAUUUGAACUUCAUUUUGCUGCACUCUACCCUCCUCACACAUUUGGAAGAACAUCUUUGUUAUAAGCUGGUACUGCUACAGGACUUCCCCUGAAGAAACUGGAUGCAAUAUUUGAGUCCAGCCAUUUUUUUAUUGGGUUUAAAUGAUUUUUUUGUACUUAGUCUGGAAUUUUUGGUCUCUUGAACUGUCAUUGUUUUAGGACUAUGCUUUUAUACUUAUGGAAGUUCUGCUGAAUUGCUUAUGAAGUAUAAUGUUUAAAUUGUUAUGCAAAUUUUUCAUUUUUAAUAAAGACUGUUGUAACAUA